AUGGCGGACGUGGACCCGGACACUCUCCUGGAGUGGCUUCAGAUGGGUCAGGGAGAUGAGAGAGACAUGCAGCUCAUCGCUCUGGAGCAGCUCUGUAUGCUGCUGCUCAUGUCUGACAACGUGGACCGCUGCUUCGAGACGUGUCCCCCUCGGACCUUCCUGCCGGCCCUCUGUAAGAUCUUCCUGGAUGAGAGCGCUCCCGAUAACGUUCUGGAGGUGACCGCUCGGGCCAUCACGUACUACCUGGAUGUGUCCGCCGAGUGCACGCGGAGGAUCGUGGGCGUGGACGGCGCCAUCAAAGCUCUGUGCAACCGGCUGGUGGUGGUGGAGCUCAACAACCGCACCAGCAGAGACCUGGCGGAGCAGUGUGUGAAGGUGCUGGAGCUGAUCUGCACCCGGGAGUCGGGCGCCGUGUUCGAGGCCGGUGGCCUGAACUGCGUGCUGAGCUUCAUCAGAGACAGCGGCCACCUGGUGCACAAAGACACGCUGCACUCCGCCAUGGCCGUGGUUUCCCGCCUCUGCAGUAAGAUGGAGCCUCAGGACUCGUCCCUGGAGACCUGCGUGGAGUCGCUGUCCAGCCUCCUGAAGCACGAAGACCACCAGGUGUCAGAUGGCGCUCUGCGAUGCUUCGCCUCGUUGGCCGACCGCUUCACUCGCCGUGGCGUGGAUCCCGCCCCUUUAGCCAAGCACGGCCUGACGGAGGAGCUGCUGUCCCGCAUGGCGGCCGCCGGCGGCACGGUGUCGGGCCCCGCCUCCUCCUGCAAGCCGGGCCGGCCCUCCACGGGCGCCACCCCCUCGGCCCCCGACUCCAAACUGAGCAACCAAGUAUCGACCAUCGUCAGCCUGCUGUCCACACUGUGCCGCGGCUCACCGCUUGUCACACAUGACCUGCUGCGUUCGGCGUUGCCCGACUCCAUGGAGUCCGCCCUGGGGGGGGACGAGCGCUGCGUGCUGGACACCAUGCGGCUGGUGGACCUCCUGCUGGUGCUGCUGUUCGAGGGACGGAAGGCGCUGCCCAAGUCCACGGCGGGCUCCACCAGCCGCAUCCCCGGCCUGCGGCGCCUGGACAGCUCCGGGGAGCGAUCGCACCGACAGCUCAUCGACUGUAUCCGCAGCAAGGACACCGACGCCCUGAUCGACGCCAUCGACACCGGAGCGUUUGAGGUGAACUUCAUGGACGACGUUGGACAGACGCUCCUCAACUGGGCUUCAGCUUUCGGCACCCAGGAGAUGGUGGAGUUUCUUUGUGAGAGAGGAGCUGAUGUGAACAGAGGUCAGAGGUCGUCCUCACUGCACUACGCUGCUUGUUUCGGACGCCCACAAGUAGCCAAGACUCUGCUGCGUCACGGAGCGAACCCUGACCUGCGAGACGAGGAUGGAAAGACUCCUCUGGACAAAGCCAGAGAGAGAGGACACAGUGAGGUGGUGGCCAUCCUGCAGUCCCCUGGUGACUGGAUGUGUCCAGUGAACAAGAGUGACGACAAGAAGAAGAAGGACGUGAACAAGGAGGAGGAGGAGAGCAGUGAGCCCAAAGGAGACCCCGAGAUGGCCCCCAUCUACCUGAAGAGACUGCUGCCUGUUUUUGCACAAACCUUUCAGCAAACCAUGCUGCCUUCUAUUAGGAAAGCCAGUCUGGCUCUGAUCAGGAAGAUGGUUCAUUACAGCAGUGAACUUCUGCUGAAGGAAGUCUGUGACAGCGAGACGGGACACAACCUACCCACAGUGCUGGUGGAGAUCACUGCGACUGUCCUCGAUCAGGAGGACGACGAUGACGGACACCUCCUGGCCCUGCAGAUCAUCAGAGAUCUGGUGGAUAAAGGGGGAGACGUCUUCCUGGACCAGCUCGCUCGACUGGGAGUCAUCAACAAGGUGUCGACUCUGGCAGGGCCGGCGUCCGACGACGAGAACGAAGACGAAGCCAAACCUGAGAAGGAGGAGGAGGUGCAGGAGGACGCCAGGGAGAUCCAGCAGGGGAAGCCGUAUCAUUGGAGGGAUUGGUCCAUCAUCAGGGGGCGUGACUGUCUCUACAUCUGGUCGGACGCCGCCGCCCUCGAGCUCUCCAACGGCUCCAACGGCUGGUUCCGCUUCAUCCUGGACGGGAAGCUGGCCACCAUGUACUCCAGCGGGAGCCCCGAGGGCGGCUCCGACAGCUCCGAAUCACGCAGUGAGUUCCUGGAGAAGCUGCAGCGAGCGCGCAGCCAGGUGAAGCCGGUGACCGCAAGCCAGCCCGUCCUGUCCAGCGUGGGUCCCACCAAGCUGACGGUGGGGAACUGGUCCCUCACCUGCCUCAAGGACGGAGAGAUCGCCAUCCACAACUCCGACGGCCAGCAGGCCACUAUCCUGAAGGAGGACCUGCCCGGAUUCGUGUUCGAGUCCAACCGCGGAACCAAACACUCGUUCACAGCCGAGACGUCGCUGGGCUCUGAGUUUGUGACGGGCUGGACGGGGAAGCGCGGCAGGAAGUUGAAGUCGAAGCUGGAGAAGACGAAGCAGAAGGUGAAGAGCAUGGCCCGAGAGCUGUACGACGACCACUUCAAAGCCGUGGAGAGCAUGCCCAGGGGGGUGGUGGUCACCCUGAGGAACAUCUCCACACAGCUGGAGUCUGCCUGGGAGCUGCACACACACCGACAGUGCUCUGAGGGUGAGAACACGUGGAGAGAUCUGAUGAAAACUGCUCUGGAGAAUCUGAUCGUUGUGUUGAAGGAUGAAAACACAAUUUCUCCGUACGAGAUGUGUAGCAGCGGCCUCGUUCAGGCUCUCUUCACCGUGCUCAACAAUAGUGUGGAACUGGACCUGAAACAUGAUUGUAAGCCUUUAAUGGAGAGGAUCAAUGUCUUCAAGGCGGCUUUCAGCGAGAAUGAAGACGACGAAAGCCGACCAGCCGUUGCCUUAAUCCGUAAACUGAUAGCAGUCCUGGAGUCGAUCGAACGUCUACCUCUGCACCUCUACGACACUCCGGGAUCCUCAUACAACCUGCAGAUCUUGACGAGGAGGUUGCGUUUCCGUCUGGAGCGAGCGCCGGGAGAGACGGCCCUGAUCGACAGAACGGGCCGCAUGCUGAAGAUGGAGCCGCUGGCCACUGUGGAGUCGCUGGAGCAGUACCUGCUGAAGAUGGUGGCCAAGCAGUGGUACGACUUUGAGCGUUCGUCCUUUGUGUUUGUGAGGAAGCUGAGGGAAGGUCAGAACUUCACCUUCAGACACCAGCACGACUUCGAUGAGAACGGGAUCAUCUACUGGGUCGGAACCAACGCAAAGACGGCGUACGAGUGGGUGAACCCUGCCGCGUACGGCCUGGUGGUGGUCACCUCGUCGGAGGGGCGGAACCUCCCGUACGGCCGGCUGGAGGACAUCUUGAGCCGGGACAGCUCGGCGCUCAACUGUCACACCAACGACGACAAGAACGCCUGGUUCGCCGUGGACCUCGGCCUCUGGGUCAUCCCCUCCGCCUACACCCUGAGACACGCCAGGGGUUACGGACGCUCUGCAUUGAGGAACUGGGUGUUUCAGGUGUCAAAGGAUGGUCAGACGUGGACGACUCUGUACACCCAUGUGGACGACAGCAGUCUGAAUGAACCAGGCUCGACGGCCACGUGGCCGUUGGAUCCAUCCAAAGACGAGAAGCAGGGCUGGAGACACAUCCGGAUCAAGCAGAUGGGGAAGAACGCCAGCGGGCAGACCCACUACCUCUCUCUGUCGGGACUUGAACUCUACGGCAAUGUGAGCGCCGUGUGCGAGGACCAGCUGGGUAAAGCUGUAAAGGAGGCCGAGGCCAACCUGCGCCGCCAGCGCCGCCUCUUCCGCUCACAGGUGAUGAAGUAUAUCGUCCCUGGGGCGCGCGUCGUCCGCGGCAUCGACUGGAAGUGGCGCGAUCAGGACGGGAACCCGGCCGGGGAAGGCACGGUCACCGGCGAGGCACAUAACGGCUGGAUUGAUGUAACCUGGGAUGCUGGCGGCUCUAACUCUUACCGUAUGGGCGCUGAAGGGAAGUUUGACCUCAAGCUUGCCCCAGGGUACGACCCUGAGUCGGCUGCCACAGCGCCGUCACCCAAACCUAUCUCAUCCGCUGUUUCAGGCCCCGCCUCCUCUGCGGUGGGACCCUUGGCGACGCCGACUGCUGGCGGCGGCGCCACUGCCACCUCCUCUUCGUCGUCCUCCACCUCGUCCUCCUCGCAACAGCAGUCGUGGAGCAGCCUGGUGAAAAAUAACUGUCCGGACAAAGGCGGGGCCUCGUCGCUGGGCGGGGCCAGCUCGUCCAGCAGGAAGGGCAGCAGCAGCUCCGUGUGCAGCGUGGCCUCCUCCUCCGACAUCAGCCUCGGCUCGUCGGCCGGGCUGCCGGGCGCCGCCGGGCCGCGGCCGGAGAGGAGGGCCGAGGGGCUGCCGCUGGACCAGAGCACCGGGCCAGGAGGCGUACCGGGAGGCGGGGUCUGCCCCGACGGACACCAGCAGGAGCCCAUCGUGGUGCUGUCCUCCGCAGUGGAGGGCGGCUCCGGCUCGGCGUCCAGCUCCGGGACGCUCACCGCGGACACUUCCGCCGUCGGGGACGAAUCCAGGAACAAAGACUCUGCCGCCGACCCGGCCACCGCCAUCUCCAUGGGGCUGGUGAGCGUGAGCUCGCCCGACGUCAGCUCGGUGUCCGAGUCGUCCAGCAAAGACGCGCCCUCCCAGAGGCCGCUGUGCUCAGCCACCAACGCCAGGCUGUCCGUCAACUCGCUGCUGGCGGCCGGCGCCCCCAUGAGCUCCAGCGCCAGCGUCCCCAACCUGUCGUCACGGGAGGCCAGCCUCAUGGAGUCCUUCGUCCGCCGCGCACCGAACAUGUCGCGCACCAACGCCACCAACAACAUGAACCUGAGCCGCAGCAGCAGCGACAACAACACCAACACGCUGGGCCGCAACGUCAUGAGCACGGCCACUUCUCCUCUCAUGGGCGCUCAGAGCUUCCCUAACCUCACCACCACCGGCACCACCUCCACCGUCACCAUGUCAACCUCCAUAGUAACCAGCAGCAAUAAUGUAGCCACGGCAACCACCGGCCUGUCGGUGGGACAGUUGCUUAGCAACACCCUGACGACCAGCCUGACGUCCACGUCAAGCGAGAGUGACACGGGUCAGGAGGCGGAGUUUUCCCUCUAUGACUUCCUGGACAGCUGUCGGGCCAACACUCUGCUGGCCGAGCUGGACGACGAGGAAGACCUCCCAGAACCAGACGAGGACGACGACGAGAACGAAGACGACAAUCAGGAGGACCAAGAAUACGAGGAGGUCCUGGAGGAGGAGGAGUAUGAGACCAAAGGAGGACGCAGGCGGACAUGGGACGAUGACUUUGUCCUCAAGAGACAGUUCUCGGCUCUAGUCCCCGCCUUCGACCCCCGACCCGGAAGAACCAACGUCCAGCAGACCACCGAUCUGGAGAUCCCACCGCCAGGGACUCCUCGGUCGGAGGUGCAGGAGGAGGUGGAGUGUGCUCCCUCUCCUCACCUGUCUCUCACUCUGAAGGUGGCUGGACUGGGUACGACCCGCGAGGUGGAGCUCCCUCUGUCCAACUACAAGUCCACCAUCUUUUACUACGUCCAGCGGCUGCUGCAGCUCUCCUGUAACGGAGCCGUGAAGACGGACAAACUGCGGCGUAUCUGGGAGCCCACGUACACCAUCAUGUACCGGGAGCUGAAGGACUCGGAUAAAGAGAAGGAGAGCAGUAAGAUGGACUUCUGCGAGCACGGCGUUGGUGGUCGAUCCGGUGGCCUGAGCCCCAGCUCCGUGUCAGCCAAUCAGAGCAGCGAGAUCCUGGGCGGCGCCAGGGAGGCGGCGCAGGCCAAGGCGGGCUGCAGCCAGAACGCCUGCGGGGUGGAAGACGUCCUGCAGCUGCUGCGCAUCCUCUACAUCAUCGGAGGAGACGCCGCCUCCAACGCACGCACGCUGCAGGAGGAUGUGGACGAGCUGCAGUUCAAUGCAUCUCCAGAAGAAUUUACCAGCAAGAAAAUCACCACGAAGAUCCUGCAGCAGAUCGAGGAACCUCUGGCCCUGGCGAGCGGGGCGCUGCCUGACUGGUGUGAACAGCUCACCUCCAAGUGUCCUUUCCUGAUUCCCUUCGAGACCCGACAGCUCUACUUCACCUGCACGGCGUUCGGAGCGUCCAGGGCCAUCGUGUGGCUGCAGAACCGCCGCGAGGCGACCAUGGAGCGCUCGCGGCCGUCCACCACAGUGCGGCGGGAUGACCCCGGAGAGUUCAGGGUGGGCCGGCUCAAACACGAGCGGGUCAAAGUGCCCCGAGGAGAGACCAUGAUGGAGUGGGCGGAGUCCGUCAUGCAGCUGCACGCCGACCGCAAGUCUGUGCUGGAGGUGGAGUUUCAGGGCGAGGAGGGAACUGGCCUCGGUCCCACUCUGGAGUUUUACGCUCUGGUGGCUGCGGAGUUUCAGAGGACGUCUCUCGGCAUCUGGCUGUGUGACGACGACUUCCCUGACGACGAGUCACGACAGGUGGAUCUGGGCGGCGGCCUGAAGCCUCCCGGGUUCUACGUGCAGCGCUCCUGCGGCCUGUUCCCGGCGCCGUUCCCUCAGGACAGCGAGGAGCUGGACCGCAUCACCAAACUCUUCCACUUCCUCGGCGUCUUCCUGGCCAAGUGCAUCCAGGACAACCGGCUGGUGGACCUGCCGGUGUCGCAGCCCUUCUUCAAGCUGCUCUGCAUGGGCGACAUCAAGUCCAACAUGAGCAAGCUGCUGUACCAGUCGCGCGGCUCGCCGCAGGGCCUGGACCCCGAGCGGCUGCACCUGCAGCCCUUCCUGCUGCUGUCCGAGGUCCAGUCGGAGGCCUCCACCGAGGAGAGCCAGGAGACCUUCUCCGUGGGCAGCUUCGACGAGGACUCCAAGUCCGAGUUCAUCAUGGACCCUCCGAAGCCCAAGCCGCCCGCCUGGUACCACGGCAUCCUGACCUGGGACGACUUCCACCUCGUCAACCCGCACCGGGCCAGCUUCCUGAAGGAGGUGAAGGAGCUGGCUGUGAAGAGGAGGCAGAUUCUGGCCAGCAAGAGUCUGUCUGAGGACGAGAAGAACACCCGACUGCAGGACCUGAUGCUGAGGAACCCGCUGGGAUCUGGACCCCCGCUCAGCAUCGAAGACCUCGGGUUGAACUUUCAGUUCUGUCCGUCCUCCAAAGUUCACGGCUUCUCUGCAGUGGAUCUCAAACCCAAUGGAGACGAUGAGAUGGUCACCAUGGAGAACACUGAGGAGUACGUGGAGCUCAUGUUUGACUUCUGUAUGCACACGGGGAUCCAGAAGCAGAUGGAGGCCUUCAGAGAGGGCUUCAACCGGGUCUUUCCCAUGGAGAAGCUGAGCUCCUUCAGCCAUAAGGAGGUGCAGAUGAUCCUCUGUGGGAACCAAUCACCUUCCUGGACUGCUGAUGACAUCAUCAACUACACUGAACCAAAGCUGGGUUACACCAGAGACAGUCCUGGCUUCCUGAGGUUUGUCACAGUUUUAUGUGGGAUGUCUUCAGACGAGAGAAAAGCCUUCCUGCAGUUCACCACCGGCUGCUCCACGCUGCCCCCCGGCGGCCUGGCCAACCUGCACCCCCGCCUCACCAUCGUCAGGAAGGUGGAUGCCACGGACUCCAGCUACCCGUCAGUAAACACGUGCGUUCACUACCUGAAGCUGCCCGAGUAUUCGUCAGAAGACAUCAUGCGGGAGCGUCUGUUGGCCGCCACCAUGGAGAAAGGCUUCCACCUCAACUGAGCGCCGCCGCCGCACUGAGCAUGCUCCUCCUCUCACCUGCUCACCACGUGACGGACGGCUCAGCCAGCCAAUCAAACCAGCCCCACGACCGACGGACGGACAGACUGAACGCCGCAGGAGGGGGAGGAGCCUUUAUGUUGCAGAAUGAAAAUGAAAAGCUGCUCCUGCUCCCCCGAGCUGCUGCUGGUUUGUUUUCUGAAGCUGCAGCUGCUGUGUGUGUGUGUGUGUAUGCGUGCGUGUGCGCGUGUGUGUGUGUGUGUGGACCUCCUCCUGUCUGUUGGAUUUAGUGCCUGGUUUGACUCGUAGCUUCUGUUUUCAGUUCCUCCUGCUCCUCCUGUUUGUUUGUGUUUUGGUUUCUGUGUGAGUGCGCCGCCCUGGUGGACGGUGGGAGGCGCCGUCAGCAGCUCUGCUCUCUGUAUUUUCUUUGUAUAUUAUAAACAUUUAUUUAACUCGAGUUGCAGUUUGAGGUAAACAGAUAUUUUCAAAUGUGUAUGCUCCAAAAAAAUAAUCAUUAAAAUGUUUGCAAAGUAUGAAGUA